CUCUCUUUUUAGGGUCAAAGGACUUGAAUGUAAAUUCCGCAAGUCGCUGGAGAGAGUAAAAAUGAAGUAUUGAAGUGUAUGAGCUCCUUCCAAGAGCCCUAACAGAUGGCUUAGUGCUGGAGUGAAAUUCGAGACAUGGAGAAGAAUGAAGAGAAGAGUAUAGAGAAAGAAGAAAACACAAGCAGAAAACAAAAGAUGAAUAUACAAGGGUACCCAAUUGAGGGUUUAUCAAUUGCAGGCCACGAGACUUGUGUCAUUUUCCCUAGUCUUAGCUUAGCAUUCGACAUUGGCAAGUGCCCUCAGCGUGCUGUUUCUCAAGAUUAUCUCUUCAUCUCUCAUGCCCAUAUGGAUCAUAUUGGUGGUUUGCCUAUGUAUGUUGCAACUCGAGGAUUAUACAGAAUGAAGCCCCCAACAAUUAUUGUACCCAAAGUAAUAAAAGAAAAUGUUGAAAAGCUAUUUGAUGUACACAGAUCGAUGGAUCAGUCAGAGCUCAAGCAUACUCUUAUAGGCUUGGAUAUUGGAGAAGAAUUUUGUUUAAGAAAGGACUUGAAAGUCAAAGCAUUCAAGACUUAUCAUGGCAUUCCAAGCCAGGGUUAUAUAGUCUAUGCUGUAAAACAGAAACUUAAGCAGGAAUAUUUAGGGCUCCCUGGAAAUGAGAUAAAAAAAUUGAAGAAUUCAGGUGUGAAGAUCACCUACACUAUUACAACGCCUGAAAUUGCUUUUACCGGUGACACUAUGUCAGACUUCAUCUUAGAUAGCACUAACAGUGAUGUUUUGAAAGCAAAGAUUCUCGUUAUGGAGGCAACUUAUGUCGAUAGUUUAGUGACAGUAGAGCAUGCCAGAGAUUUUGGCCAUGUUCAUUUGUCUGAGAUAAUUAACUAUGCCAAUAGAUUUGAGAACGAAGCAAUUCUUCUGAUUCACUUUUCUGCUCGCUAUGAAUUAAAGGCUAUCAAAGAUGCUGUCUCUGCGCUGCUUCCUCCUUUGGCUGGCCGAGUCUUUGCCCUCACUGAAGGAUUCUGAAUUACUGACUGAAAGCAGGGUUGUUGAUUUAUCUGCCGUGUACAUUUUAAUCAUGUCUAUGUUUUAAAAAGUUGUAUAGUAUCAUUUAUUGUGGGUACUUGGUGUAUUGGACUAUAGCAAUACAAAAUUUUAACUCUAAAGCUCAUAGUAGCAAGGGUGUGCUCGAAAGUUUUAAAGCAAAUAUCAAUUUUGGUUCUCUUGCUA